AUGCCUUCUAUCAGAAAUGUCCUAGAGAGUCCCACAGAUCAGGACACGUUUAACACGCUACUCUCAUCUUCAACAUCUAUCUCUCUUCAGACGCCUAUAAGCAGAUCCGAGGUGAUUUUAAUUGUAAUCGCUGCCUUCUUUGCGUUGGUGGCCACCGCAGCCAUACUACGCGUGUAUAUUUCUACUUCCGUGUCGGAUUCAUGUCCUCAAACUGCAACUAGAGGGGCUCGAAAAAUCUGGGUCAACGUUCUCCGCUCGUUUAUCCGCGAAGUGCCCUCCGCGGGGUCUGCCUCUUGUCACACUGAUCUUCACGGCGGAGAUCCAUGUCACGAUCCUGAACCUGGUCCAAACCCGCGCUCAGAUGCAUUGUAUCCGACAGUACCGUUAUCCGGUUCACGUAACGACGUUGACGACGAGUCUGCCAUUCUCUCAGUCCAUGCGGGUUUCACCAGUGUGUUGAGAAGAGGUCAGCGAAAUCGUACGGGCUCCCAGUCAUCCGCUGCUACUUCUACUACUGCCACCACCAUCACGACGACGGCGUCCGAUAGCCUUUGUACUACUACUAUUCCGAGAUCUUCAGUUACUUCGAUGACCUCGGCACUCGAACACAGCGACUCUGAAGCUGACCUGGAUGGUAUUAUUGGCACGGGAGAGGAAGGAUUCGUCUAUGAAGUUAAAAGGGCUCAGACACAAAGCAUGGAGGUCAAGAGAGGUGUACUGGUAUGCUGGAGAUUUUCGGACACUAAUACGCAGCAGAGGGCCUCGUUAUCAUCGCCACCACCGAUAGUCGUCGUAUCGGAAUCUGAAGAACCAGCAGAUGCGUUCUGGGCCAACUCAUCGACAACGGACACAAGAUUUCCUUCCGAUGGUUUUCUGCAUCCUCAGUCUACCCCUUCCCUUUGCAGCCUUCCGAGCUCGGAAUCUAGUACGAGCAGCAUUUCUGUUGACUUGGAUGAAUUUCCUUUGCCACCGAAACUAAUCACUUCACCCUCACGAUCCACGAGCUUUUUGACUGUACCCGGGAACAAUGUUACGACGUUUUUGAAGGAUGAUACCAGGGAGCCAGAACGUUCAACCGUUGACCAUGUCAUCAUGUUGUAUGUUUUAGAAUCCGAUUGA